CGUGAUUGUGGCGUUUUAGUCUGUUGGCCCUCUAAAAAAUAAAGUGUGUUCUCAAAAAGUAAGCUUUCUGUUAUGUCAAACAAAAUUAUUCAGGUUUACAUGUCAGAACAACUAAAAAAAUUAUAUUAUGGAGACAAAUGCUGUAAAAAGUUUUAUAGCUUCAUUUAUGCUGUUGAUCGGACUUCCUUUAUGAAAACCAUAAAUGACUUACAUUUGCGAAUGCGACUAUGUACACACGACGGUCAGGAAUUCAUACUGGUGUUCAAAGACGGAUGCCAACAUAUUACUGAAAAUAUGACGUCUUUACACCUCAUCCGUGAUUCAGUGAAGGACAUGUAUAUUCUACAAAGUGGUUCAAAUUUUGCAGGUAACCAGGUUGACAUGCAUAUGUCCCCUGAAUUCCUAUGUCCUAGCAAUUCUACGCCUUCAGUUCCACCGCAUCGGUUUUCGUUUCCUCUUAAACAGUCAAUUACUCGUUUAAACCCAACAGCGCAGCUUAGCUAUCAAAAGGAUUGUGCGAUGCAGUCAUAUAAAGAAAUGAUAUUGGACGGCUUACAAUGUAACAGAGUUAUGGUAAUAAAUGGUGCUUCUAAUCUAGACAAAUCAUGCGCCAUACCCAUGUAUAUCAUAGAAAAAUGUGCCCAUGAAAAAUUGCCUUGCAAAAUUGUUUGUGUGGAAAGGGAGCAGUUAACAGCCAUAUACAAUAGUAGACGGUUAGCUGAACAUUUUCGUGAAAGAAUUGGCGAGACGGUGGCCUUUCAAGUUCAAUUACAAAGUCGAAUCAGUGAUUCAUCUAAUCUAAUAUAUACUACGUCCAACUUCUUCCUCAGAGUAUUGAUGGGCCAAUCGAUACCCGAUAGUUUUCGGCACAUAUCUCAUGUUGUUAUUGUGGAUGCUCAUUUACAUGAAGCGUUUGCCGACCUCUUACUUCGAGAACUGAAAGAAGCUUUAAAAUAUCAUGCACAUUUGAAAGUAUUAUUGUUAUCGAAUUUCCAAUUUAAUGAUGAGUUUAUAAACUAUUUUGGGGAGGGGGAGCGACUAAACCUGCCAGAUAUUAAUGAUUCGGAAGGACAGCAACCUCAAAUUUUAUAUAUAGAAAAUAUACAUCAAAUUUUGCCUAAACGACGUCUUUAUAAGACUGCUUUAAAAGCUUCCAAAUUGUUUCCGCCCGAGACGAACAAAACCAUAAAUAGUGCUUACUUAGAUAGUUGCUUGGAAAUCUAUCAGCAAUUACCAAAUGAAAAAUCCUUCCAAUCAAUUUUAUAUAUGGUUCAUGGCGAAAGCGUUUCCAUUAAUUAUCGUCAUACCAUUACUGGUAGAACAGUUCUUUUAUUAGCUUCCCUACUUGGAAAAAUUGAUCAUGUUAAGACAUUAAUAUUUCUUAAUGCUGACCCUAAUAUCUGUGAUCAACAAGAAAUGAACGCCUUUAACGCUGCGCUUUCUAUGGGCCAUCUGGAUUGUGCAGAUGCACUGAAAGAGAAUUACGUUCAGAAAAAUAUUAUUUUAUCAAAUGAUAAGGAAUAUAUUGAUCACUACUUGAUUAUUGAUAUAAUACAUAUGAUAUGCACCACUGAACAAUGGAAAGUUGGUGACGUUAUAGUUUUCUUACCUUCAUAUGAACAUAUAUUGCGUGCAAAUUAUAACAUACUAAAGCAGAAGAUAUUGGGAAACUUACCAGACAAUCUUGCAGUAUAUUUAUUGCAUAAAAAUACUGAAAAAUGUCAACUAGACAUAAUUACUGAGCAUUCGAGUAAUUUCGUAAAAAUUAUUCUGGCAACAGACAUCGCCGAAACAUUGUCUUGCUGGAAGAAUGUGCAUUAUGUCAUCGACACUGGGCGUAUGCGCAGGAUUACUUACUACAAUAACUCACUUCAUAAAGAAAAUGCAUAUGAUUGGACCUCAAAACAAAGUAUGGAAAGUCGUAAGCUUUUACUUAUUAACAAAGGCUUUUGUUUUCGCUUAAUUCCAUUUUGUAUUUUCGAAUGUUUGCCUGAGGCAAUCACACCCGAAUUGCUGACUAUACCUUUAGAUCGCGUUUGUUUGUCUGUUAAACUUUUAUCGCCCCACAGAAUGGUAGCCGAGUAUUUACAAGAAACCAUUGUAAAGCCACCAUUCCCGCAAGUAUUUCGAUGUGUGGAGCAUUUAAAGAAAAUCGAUGUUUUUUCUGAAACGGAAGACAUUACUUGGCUGGGGUGUCGAUUAGUCGAUGUACCUGUCGAUUGUCUUCUAGGAAAACUUUUGGUUUUCGCAGUACUCUUGCAAUGUAUAGAUCCUGUUCUCACUAUAGUCAGUUUCAUGUCUACUUUAGAUCCUUUUGAAUUAAAUAAUUACCUUGACGACCUUACUGAACCAUUUAAAGACGCCAUACGGACGAAAAUGAAAAAAGAACGUUCACGUUUGUCUGAAGGGAUAGCGUCUGAUCAUUUUGUGUACUUACGUUUAUAUCAAGAGUGGCAAAAUGAUGUGCAUGAUGAAAAUAAUGGCCCUCUACCUAAUGAAUACGAUUUCAUAUUGAACGGUCUGCUUGAGCAGAUUUGCGAUAUACGCACCCAAUUGGUGGGAGCCUUACGAUCUUGUCAGCUUAUACACAGUAAAGGAGUCUUAAGUAUGCACUAUAUUAAUAUGAAAUCUCAUAGUUGGCCAAUCAUUAAAGCCGUGCUGGUUGGAGGCCUCUAUCCCAACAUAUGUUUAGUGGACUCAAAAAUAAAUUGUGUUAAGUCUCCACAAACACGCGAACUAGUUUUACAUCCUGAUUCAGUGUUAAGGAGUCUUGAAUUCUUUGGCAAUGGUUACGCAAAUUCCUCGACAAUGGUUGCGAGAAAAAUUAAUUCUGAUUGGAUCGUUUAUGGCAAACGAGCAAAUAGCGGAAGAUGCAAUAGCAUUAAUUACGGCACAGUAGUGUCUCCAAUAUGUAUUGCCUUGUUUACAGGAUCACCAAAGUUGUCCUCUUCAAAUAUCCAAAUUUUUCCAUCAGCGGCCGACAAAGAUGGCUUCCAAGCACAUUUUCAUAUGGAUGAAUGGAUUUCUUUCGUCAUGGAUUAUAAAGAAGCGCAGAUUCUAUUGAAAACUCGGCAGUGUUUUUAUAGCAGGUAUAUUAAUUAUUUGCAAAAUUGCAAUUCAAUAGAAAAGUAUCGACGCACAAAGUUUCCUGCUGCUCAAAAUGAAAAUAUAUUAACUGAUUGCCUUGAAACAAUAUUGGUCCGAGAAGAUCUGGCGUAUGGAUUUCAACAGCCAGAUAAAACGGGAGUUAGACCCAAAGCGGUGCCCAACAAAUUCAUCGUUGGCUUUAAUGUCUCUAGUCUGCUAAUGGCAACAUACAAUAAAACCGAUAUGGUUAUUAAUGAUCGAUUAAAACGUAUGGAAAAGAAAUUCUUUAUGCUGUACCAAACGGAUAAAAAUGUGAAGGAUAAUAACCUGAGUAGUCACAAUUAUAACUGGUUUCAUUUGCUAACAAAAGUAUCAAGCCCACAUUCCCUGCAAAAUCGAAUCAUCUUUGUCAUCAUGUUUACAAGAGAUCCAAAUAAACUGCGACAACUGUCAAUAGUAGAAUCUACUAACAACGGUUUAUGGAAAUUAAGGGAUUGCUUUCACUGCGAUAUAAAUUUGAACAAUAUAAGUUUAACUUGCCUGAAUGAUAUGCUGGCCUUACCUUUAAAUCAAAAACGAAAAUGUUUAAAAAUCGAUAAUGAGAUGGGUGAACUAAUUAUAAAUCUAUUUGCAUUUCGUAAUAAUUGGUUACUUAAUUGAAGCUUUUAAAUUAAACGCCUGUACUAUUGUACACAAAUUUGUGUAAACGUCAUUAAGGCCUAGUAACGAAGUGUUCUAAAUAUUAACUUUUAGUUGCACUUUUAUAUAAAACUCGAAGCUAAGUUUUUUUACAUUUUUA